UGAGCAUAGACAGAAAGACUGGAGGAUUGCAAAACUGAGGCCAUGAAGAACUUCGGAGUCCCUUUAAUGAUAUGGCAAAUGUAUCUCCUACUGCUGCUGAUUGGGUCUGGAGAUUCCGACAUCCAAGCCGAUGAAGAAGAUCUAGACAUGGAUGCACUUAUGGAAAGAUAUGGAUGGAAUGUAGAUGACAGCCUGGAAGAAGAGGACCGUGAGAAUGAGUUUGAUAAAAAAGAUCUGAAGGGAGAUGACAAUCUAGUUGAAGCUGUGGAAAAUGAAGAGAGUAUAGAAAAAGGAGACCUGAAGCAUGAGGAUAACCAGGAAAAAAGGGAGCUAGGACACAUCACAGGCAAAGAGACUCUGGGAUACGAAAACAGUGUAGAGGACUCAAAAUCAGUCAACACUCGGUGGUUUGGUUUUGGGACAAAAAGAAGGUGCUACUGUGAAAUUGUCAGCCUUAACUCCUACAAUAUUCCCAAACAACGUCUUUAUAUUUUUGAAACAAUCAAGACCAAGAGGAUGUUAUUUUGUACCAGGAGGGUAAAGCAGUUCUGCAGAGCAGCAUGCAUACGCAACUUUUUACGUUUCGUCAGCAAGAACUCUUGUCUGGUUGACCAACUAUGCCAUGGUGGCAGAUAUACUGAUAAGCCACGCAAGAUUGGCCUGCACCUGUCAACUCGACGUUGUUUCAGACCAACACUCUUAUGGAAGAGCAAGUACCAUGUCAGCUGUAACCAUGCCUUGCAUAGCCCAGCAGGAAUUGAACUAUUUCAUCAUUCCGUACAUCCCGAAGUAGAGCUGCAUAAUUCUGAAUAAGUUAACUUCAUUUUAAAUUGCACUUUGUAUGCUUUUGUAAUGUCCAUAUUUUUUAAAUGCUGUGACCUUCUACAAACAGAAUUUUAAUAGUAGUAACCCAAGUCUCUGUCUCUUUUUUUCUUCUCCCAAUAGUUAGAAUUUAUAGAAUACCCUCCCCCAUAUAUCUCAGUAGAUUUGAUCUCAGUAUCACAACUCAUUCUGCCAGUGUGGUGAACAUUGAAUUUAUAGCACACACACACACACACACACACACACACACACACACACACACACACACAC